UAGAUGUCUGUACGACUCUGUCCUCACCUAGGGCCAGCACUGUAGCAAUGACUUCGAAUGGUAUAAACACGCAAGCAACAUACACGUGUUUCAGCGGGUACACGUUAUAUGGUAUGUCCCUUAUCACGUGCAGAAGCGAUGGAUCAUGGGACUUUACUGCACCAACGUGCUUAACAUGUCCGGAUUUGUCUGAUCCGGAAAGUGGUACACUUACAGUGACAACAACCGGUUCCGUUACAACAGCAACAUUUAGCUGUCAAACAGGAUAUUAUCUUAGUGGAGAAUCUACUCUGACGUGUGGUUCUGACGUGGCAUGGAGCAGUGAUGUUCCGACUUGUAAGUGUAAUUUUCCUGCUCAACCAAGUAACGGAGAUGUGUCAGUAUCCGGGACUGGUUCGGUGGCAACAUACUCGUGUGAUACCGGAUACUCCCUUAAUGGACUGUCUGCAAGAACCUGUCAGACGGACGGUAGUGGCUGGGAAAACACGGACCCGACAUGUUAUGAAUGUCAAACAGUAACAAAUCCGGCGUCUGGACUGUUCAGUUUAAGUUCAAAUGGAACGCAUACGUCAGUGAGGUAUACAUGUAACGUCGGCACAACGUUAAACGGUGUUAACGUUCAAGUUUGUAUGAAUGAUGGUUUGUGGGAGGCUGCCCCGCCAAUUUGUGUUUGUCAGCCGCCAAAUGCUAUCAUUAACGGUAAUUACGACCUGCUCGACCACGGGAUGCUAGCAUAUUACUCGUGCGACCCUUCCUACAGGCUCGUAGGACCACAACAGCGGCUUUGUCUAUCUGACGGCACGGGUUGGAAUGGAACAGAGCCUCGAUGUGAUUUGAUUAUCAUAACUACACCAAGAGCGGGUAAAUCUCAAGAGCAAACAGUUCUUCCAAUACCAACAGCAGCGUUCGUCGUUAUUUGUGUCAUUGUGUUUAUCAUUUUGGUAGUUUCUAUUGUCGGGUCCAUCUGCUGGUACCUGAGAUACAAGAAAGUCAGUCAGCGCGUUGGGACUGUGUUUGAUUCUAGUGACAAUAGAACGACAAGCACUCUUGAUGAGGCCCGUUUUAAUUAUGAGUCCACGGAUAUAGAAGUUGGAAAUCUACUUAUUGCAAAAUCAUUAGAACAAACCAAGCCGUUUUGUAAUGCGAAGUCACUGACGAGAAAAACAUCACGAUCAUCACUGGAAACUAACAAAACAGAAGAAGAAAUUAGGUCUAAGCAGACUAGUUCACAAACAAAAAUAGAUUUAAACCACAAUGGCGGCAUAUUGACCGCCGAAAACGGUGCAGUUACCGAAACCGCCAUGUAAAAGGAACGCGACAAAAGUGAAACGUAGACGUCGUCGUGUAGAACGCCGCGAGGAGGGGGCAGACGAAAAAGAUCUUCAGCCGAGAACAUCUACGCCAAAAUAAGUGUAAUUAUCAGAACAACGACUCCGGAUAUGCUUGCAUCGGAGGAGUUUGCGUAUAUUUAGCCAGUGUACUGCCAUGAGGCGGAUACUCUGGCGCCAAGUCGCCCGACGACGUCGACAUCAAAAUACACUAGUAAAACCUUAUACGCGGAGAGCAAUAUAUAAAUAAACAUAAAUCUGAUACAUUUGUGGUAUCAAAAUAUAACGUGAACGAAUUUUUGAAUACAAUGAUUACGAUAUACCUCAAACAUGACAUGAACACUAACCAUGAAUGACGUAAAGCUUGCCUUAAAUGCAAUGUGUAAUGGUGAUGUGUGUUUUUUUUAUUUAUUUGUUUUAUUUCAUGUUUACACAUGUGCACGUCCAUGCUUUUUAUUCAUUUAUUUGUUAUUCUAUGAAUAUACAUGUUGGUGAUAUAUUUCCUUUAUAUAGUGAAAAAA